AUGCCACCCCCAGCUUCUGCAGUGGACUUUUCCCACCUGCUCAACCCAGAUAAUACCUUCGACAACGCCGCCUCCGCACCAACCUCCACCUCUACCACUACUCCUUCAUCUCCUACUACUGCCGACUCGACUGCUGACGACACCAUGGCUUCGUCCGUCAGCUUGUUGCCACCGCUCAUGAAGGGUGCUCGCCCGGCCGCAGAGGAAGUGCGCCAGGAUCUCCCCCGUCCGUAUAAGUGCCCUCUCUGUGACCGUGCCUUCCACCGCUUGGAACAUCAGACCCGUCACAUCCGCACGCACACGGGCGAGAAACCUCAUGCUUGCCAGUUCCCGGGCUGCACAAAGCGCUUUAGCCGCUCCGAUGAGUUGACUCGUCACUCGCGCAUUCACAACAACCCCAACUCGCGGAGGAGCAACAAGGCACAGCACAUCGCGGCCGCUGCUGCUGCUGCCAACCAGGAUACGACGGGUCUGACCUCGGCUUCGUCCAUGAUGCCUCCUCCCAGCAAACCCAUCACUCGCUCGGCUCCGGUCUCACAGGUUGGAUCUCCGGACAUUUCGCCGCCGCACUCGUACACCAACUAUGCCUCGCACCUGCGUUCUGGACUGGGCCCCUAUUCGCGCAACAGCGAUCGUGCCUCGUCGGGGAUGGACAUCAAUCUGCUCGCCACGGCGGCGUCACAGGUUGAGCGUGACCAUUACGGGUCAUCGCGCCAUCACCCCUUUAGCGCUCGCUUCUCGGGCAGCUCUGGACGUCUCCCUUCGUUGUCGGCGUAUGCCAUCUCGCACAGCAUGAGCCGAUCGCACUCGCACGAGGAGGACGAAAACUAUGCGCAUCAUCGGGUCAAGCGAUCUCGUCCCAACUCUCCUAACUCGACCGCCCCGUCCUCGCCUACAUUUUCACACGAUUCGCUGUCGCCUACUCCAGACCAUACUCCUCUGGCUACUCCCGCGCACUCGCCGCGCUUGCGUCCCUACGGUGCCAACGACUUGCAAUUGCCAUCGAUUCGUCAUUUGUCGCUGCAUCACACUCCUGCCCUUGCGCCGAUGGAGCCACAGGCCGAGGGCCCGAGUCUGUACAACCCGGGCCAACACCACUCUGGGCCCAGCAUUACCGACAUCAUGAGCCGUCCCGAUGGCACACAACGCAAGCUGCCGGUGCCUCAGGUUCCCAAGGUUGCUGUGCAAGACGUUCUCAACACGUCCAGUUACAACUCGUCCAACCCUUCCAGCGGGUCACUUAUGGAGGGCCUUUAA